UGCUGAGCUGUCAAAGAUUGCUGACACGACUUUCUGGUUUAACCAACCUGAUCAAGAAACAAGAUUGCUUGCUGACUUUAUAUAGUCACAAUCUCUGAGAAACCUGAAAAGUUGACAUAACGGCUGAAAACACAGAAUUCCAAGAAGACGGGGGCUGCUUCUCCAAGAAGAAGAAGAAGAAGAGGAGGAGGAGGGGCGAGCUAGGGCUUUUGAGUUAGGUCGUGUUUCUUGUUGUCUGGCCCAAGAUUCACAACAAGGAGCGAUGUCUUUGAAGAUCCCAAGUGAUUUGGAAGAGGAAAUACUCUCGAGGGUUCCCACCAAAUUUCUGUCACGACUCAGAUUCGUUUGCAAACAAUGGAACUCUCUGUUCCAUGACCUGAUAUUCAUCGAGAAGCACUUGUCCAAUCAUGCCUCCCCCCAAGAGUUCAUGUUAUGGCAUCCCCGUUCGUUUUACUCCAAGUUGAUCAAUGUUGAGAUACACCAUAACAGCGACAACAUUGCUCUUUCAUCUCUCAAGUUCCAUGAUCUUACCUCAAGAAAUCCUCCUUCAAAUGAUCGGAAAAUAUGUCGGGUAAUUCACUCUGAUGGGUUGCUGCUAUAUGUCACGAACCAUGGCCUCGAAGUUUCAAACCCAUUUCUGAAGCAGAAGAGAUCUAUCCGGACGGUAAAUCAUUAUGCUUUUAAGAGAAAAGAAUCCGCUCAAGUUCACUGCAAUUCUACAUACAGUCUUGGAUACUGCAACAAACUCAGCAAUGGUUACAAAAUCUUAAGGUUGCAUCCUCGAUGUCAAGUUUCAGAUCUAAGAGCUGAAAUCUUCGAGUUUACAUUGGGUAGAUGGAGGGUUCUUGAUGUUCCUUUCUUCGACUGGUUUCCUGCAAGUCUGGGACUCGCUGUAUCAUUCAAGGGAAAUUCCUAUAUGAUUGCCGUGAGGAAAGAUACACUACAAGGAUUCAUCCAAAGUUUCGACUUCGCAACAGAGAGAUUCAAGCCCUUCUCUAACCUACCCUUUAACUAUGUUUAUCCAGGUUACUUGGGCAUGUCGGUUUUAGGAGGAGACCGGCUCUCGGUGUUAGAGCAGUGCAUUGCAAAGAAAAUCGGGAUUUGGAUAACGAAUAAGAUUGGAAAUGGGAUCGGGAUAUCGUGGAGCAAGUUCAUGACUGUUGAUAACUUUGGUUUGGGUUUCAUGGAACUGAAUUUCUUCGUUGAAGAGAACAAGAGGAAGACGCUAGUUCUAUACACUGAAGACAUAAUGGCAAUGUCCAUUUACAUUUUCGAAGAGGGUGGCAGGUUCAUAAGAUGGGAUGGACGUCAUAAUUGGCAUCAUUCAUGCAAUUAUGUUCCGAGUUUGGUUCCAAUUCCUUGAAGCAACA